AUGUUUCAAACUGGGGGCCUCAUUGUCCUCUGUGGGCUGCUGGCCCAUACCACAGCCCAGCUGGAAGUCCUGCCCUUGCCCCUGGACCAGAACCUGCUUUUGGCUGGGACUCCACCCCAGGCCCCACAUCCCACAGAUCUUGCUGGAAGCUUAACAAGUGGUCUCAGCAGUGGCCUGCUCUCUGGGGGUCUGUUGGGCAUUCUACAAAACCUUCCACUCUUGGACAUCCUGAAGACUGGAGGAGACACUUCUGGGGGCCUGCUUGGGGGCCUGCUUAGGAAAGUGACUUCAUUGGUCCCUGUCCUGAACAACAUCAUUGAUCUGAAGAUCACUAAUCCCCAGCUCCUGGAACUAGGCCUUGUGCAGAGCCCUGAUGGCCAUCGUCUCUAUGUCACCAUCCCUUUGGACAUGAUCCUCAAUGUGAAUACGCCCCUGGUCGGAAGUCUGUUAAAGCUGGCUGUGAAGCUAAACAUCACUGCAGAAAUUUUAGCUGUGAAAAAUGAACAGGGGAAGAUCCACCUGGUUCUUGGUGACUGCACUCACUCCCCUGGGAGACUGCAAAUCUCUCUGCUUGAUGGAUUUGCUCCCCUCCCCGUUCAAAGCCUUGUCGACAGUCUCAGCGGCAUCUUGAAUGAAGUCCUUCCUGAGCUGGUACAGGGCAAGGUAAGUGAAUAAAAGUGGCAGCUCCUGAUUCUUAGGUCAUAGGGCUUCUCAGGAUGAAAAAAGCCCCUGGAGCGAGGUUUUCUGAACUCCUCAGUUUGAUAUGUCUCCCUGUCC